UGUCCUGCCUUAGUUUCCGGCGGGUCCAGCAGGCAGACAUUUUUCUGUGAGGUGCAAAAUGUUUUCGGCUCUGCAAAAGCUGGGAGCUUGUGCUCCCAUUACCGUGCAAGCACGGAAUAUGGCAACGCUGAAGGAUAUUCGCCUUCGGCUGAAGUCUGUAAAAAACAUCCAAAAGAUUACGCAAAGUAUGAAAAUGGUGUCCGCCGCCAAGUACGCCCGGGCCGAUCGUGACCUUAGGCAAGCACGACCUUACGGUGAAGGUGCUCAAACCUUCUACGAAGUCGCCGGCGUUAAAGCCGAAGAAGGCAAGAACAAAACGGUUAUUAUCUGUAUCUCUUCCGACCGUGGUUUGUGCGGUGCUAUUCAUUCGAGCGUAGCCAAACGGGUCCGAACCUUGAUGCACGAAAACCCACAGCUACUGGCCGAGAGCAAAAUCAUCUGUGUCGGCGAUAAGGUACGCGGUAUUCUGCAGCGCCUCUACGCCAAGAACAUCCUCAUGAGCUUCACAGACUUCGGCAAAAAGCCCCCGGUUUUCGAAGAUGCCGUAAGUGUAGCACGGGCUAUACUGGAAUCCGGCUACGAGUUCGACAAGGGUAUUCUACUCUUCAACCGCUUCAAGUCAGUCGUGUCGUACGCAACGACGGAGCAACCUGUGUUCAGUUUGGAAUCCAUCACUGCCAGUGAAAAAAUAUCCCUCUACGACAGCUUGGACGCCGAGGUGCUGCAGAGCUACCAGGAGUAUUCGCUAGCCAGCCUCAUCUACUACGCCAUGAAGGAGAACGCCUGCAGCGAACAGAGUUCCCGUAUGACUGCCAUGGACAGCGCUACCAAGAAUGCAGGCGAGAUGAUCGACAAGCUGACCAUGACGUUCAACCGCACCAGGCAGGCAGUCAUCACCAAGGAGCUCAUUGAAAUCAUCUCCGGAGCUGCUGCCCUCUAAAAGCAGAUUCGAGCUGGGCUGGGAGUAUUCCACUGCGGCUGCACUCAACACCAUAGGGACAUUAAGUGGGGCUAAAACAUGUAGUUCUGCGGAUACUUCGGCUGUGUCUUCUUGAAGGUGGCUUCUUUCGUAGAGAAUAUACUACUUUGAAAUGUU